AACAAAUAUAGAUAUAUGAAAGUGGACAUGUUAACUACUGCUAAGAAAUUAAGUUCAUUAUAUAUGAAACAAAUUUCACCUCUAUUCCCCACACCUUCUUCUUCUUAUUCUUCGCCCUUUAUUAUUUCUUCAUCAACUUUAUUAUCAUUUGGUUCUUCUAUUUCUAUUUUCACUAACCCCUCUACCAACACACGUGGCACUCAAUUCUUGCGUUUCAACUUUCGUUUCAGUCCAAUGGCAUCUCACGUUGUUGGAUAUCCUCGUAUGGGGCCCAAGAGAGAGCUUAAGUUUGCGUUGGAAUCUUUUUGGGAUGGGAAGAGCAGUUCUGAGGAUUUGGAGAAAGUGGCAGCUGAUCUUAGGUCUUCCAUUUGGAAACAGAUGGCUGAUGCUGGCAUUAAAUAUAUUCCGAGCAACACCUUCUCAUAUUAUGACCAAGUCUUGGAUACAACUGCUAUGCUAGGUGCGGUCCCACCAAGAUACGGUUGGAGUGGUGGUGAGAUUGGUUUUGAUGUCUACUUCCCGAUGGCUAGGGGAAAUGCCUCCGUACCUGCCAUGGAAAUGACAAAAUGGUUUGACACCAACUACCACUAUAUUGUUCCUGAAUUAGGCCCAGAUGUUAAGUUCUCCUAUGCAUCACGAAAGGCAGUUAAUGAAUACAAGGAGGCUAAAUCUCUAGGCAUUGACACAGUCCCAGUCCUUGUAGGCCCAGUUUCCUUCCUCUUGUUAUCAAAAGCAGCAAAAGGUGUUGAAAAGUCGUUUCCUCUCCUCUCAUUGAUUGACAAGAUUCUUCCGGUUUACAAGGAAGUCAUUGCUGAACUGAAGGCAGCUGGUGCUAGUUGGAUUCAGUUUGAUGAGCCUACUCUUGUUAAGGAUCUUGAUUCUCAUCAAUUGCAAGCAUUUUCUCAUGCCUACUCAGAAUUAGAGUCAUCACUUUCUGGUUUAAACGUCCUCAUUGAGACAUAUUUUGCUGAUGUUCCUGCUGAAGCUUUCAAAACAGUGACCGCUUUGAAAGGUGUUACUGCACUUGGGUUCGAUUUAGUUCGUGGAUCUAAGAGUCUCGAUUUGAUCAAGAGUGGGUUUCCUUCAGAAAAGUAUCUCUUUGCCGGAGUAGUUGAUGGGAGGAAUAUUUGGGCUAAUGAUCUUGCUUCUUCUCUCAGUACCUUGCUAGCUCUUGAGAACCUAGUCGGAAAAGACAAGCUUGUGGUCUCCACCUCCUGCUCGCUUCUCCACACUGCAGUUGAUUUAGUGAAUGAAACUAAGUUGGAUGAAGAAAUUAAGUCAUGGCUUGCAUUUGCUGCACAAAAAUUGGUUGAAGUCAAUGUGUUGGCAAAGGCAUUGGCUGGACAAAAAGACGAGGCAUUCUUUUCUGCUAAUGCUGCAGCUCGCACUUCCAGAAAAUCCUCUCCUAGAGUGACUAACGAGGGUGUGCAGAAGGCUGCUGCUGCUUUGAAGGACUCUGACCAUCGCAGAGCUACAACUGUCAGCGCAAGGUUGGAAGCUCAACAGAAGAAGCUGAAUCUUCCUUCUCUUCCAACCACAACAAUUGGUUCUUUCCCUCAGACAUUGGAGCUAAGAAAAGUGCGCCGAGAAUUCAAGGCUAAAAAGAUCUCGGAGGAAGGAUAUGUCAAGUAUAUUACGGAAGAAAUCAGCAAAGUAGUCAAACUCCAGGAAGACCUAGACAUUGAUGUUCUUGUGCAUGGAGAGCCAGAGAGAAACGAUAUGGUUGAAUAUUUCGGGGAGCAAUUAUCUGGUUUUGCUUUUACAGCCAAUGGAUGGGUUCAAUCUUAUGGAUCUCGCUGUGUUAAGCCACCAAUAAUCUAUGGUGAUGUCAGUCGCCCAAAACCAAUGACUGUCUUCUGGUCUUCACUGGCACAGAGCAUGAGCAAGCGCCCAAUGAAGGGAAUGCUUACCGGCCCUGUUACCAUUUUAAACUGGUCUUUUGUUAGAGAUGACCAACCGAGAUUUGAGACUUGCUACCAAAUUGCUUUGGCUAUUAAGGAUGAGGUAGAAGAUCUCGAGAAGGCUGGCAUUAAUGUCAUUCAGAUUGAUGAAGCUGCUUUAAGAGAGGGUUUGCCUCUUAGAAAGUCCGAGGAAGCGUUCUACUUGAACUGGUCUGUACAUUCAUUCAGGAUAACCAGCUGUGGUGUUCAAGACACUACCCAGAUUCACACCCACAUGUGUUAUUCAAACUUCAACGACAUCAUCCAUUCAAUCAUCGACAUGGAUGCUGAUGUCAUCACCAUCGAGAACUCCAGGUCCGAUGAGAAGCUUCUUUCUGUGUUCCGUGAGGGAGUGAAGUAUGGUGCUGGUAUUGGCCCUGGUGUAUACGACAUCCAUUCGCCGAGGAUUCCGUCAACUGAAGAAAUCGCCGACAGAAUCAGCAAGAUGCUUGCGGUCCUUGACACCAACAUCCUCUGGGUCAACCCGGACUGUGGCCUCAAGACGCGCAAGUAUCCUGAAGUUAAGCCUGCACUAAGCAACAUGGUGGCAGCUGCUAAGCUCCUCCGCACACAAUUGGCCAGCACCAAGUGAGCUUGAGUUACCAUAAUCGAUCCAAUGUGAAAAUACCCUGGCUUUUUACUCUUAUAUGCAAGAAUUAGGGAGAAUACUUUUCUCCAAGAAAUAAAUGGUAGGUUUCUGAGUUCUGGCAAAUUGUAUGUUCUUUGAAAAAUUGUUUAUCAAUCUUCUGUACGAUCCUAAAACUUUACAUAAAUA